AUUGGCAAAGGGUCCGUGCCGCGCCGGGUAACGGAUCAAUUUCGCGCUUCAACUGUAACGAAGACACCGAAGAGGCGCCAAAUCCUGUCCUGGCUCCUCCUGCACUGCAACCGAUCAUCUAAUACCCCAUCCAGUAUAACUAAUGGUGGCACCGUCGCUGCUUGAUGGCGAUGAUGAUGACGAUGGUGAUGGAUGGAAAAACGACAGCUUGCUACUCCUACUCUACUUUAUAUCUCCUUCCCUUCCUUUUGAUGAUCUGGAUACAUUCCUAUUCUUCGCUGUCCUCUUCAUCCUCUUCCUCAUCUCCCACCGGUACGAAGCAGUUACAAGUAAACGGCAAAAUAAAAUGGACCCGGACGAAGGAAGAAGAGGUAGACCCACCGUCGCAACCUGGGCAACGUCAAAAGUCAAUCAAUCAGUCAGGGGAGGUUGAACGAUCAACUAACUAACAACCAACCAACCAACUAAUAAUGGAGGGCGGAUGAGUCUAGCGAUUAUUGUCAUUAUUCAGUUGAACUAAUUUACCAUAGUAACCUUAUUGCCAUUACACAGCAGCCCCGGAAACUGGAUUGGCCUGAGUGGGAACGUCUACUUUUAGCAUAGCAUGGCGGAUGGAAACAGUUUAACGACGUGUCGUGUCGUGCUCCUCGCUCCUCUCUAGAGUCUUCCCCCUGGCGGCGGCCCAGCUCUUAGGUUCGCCCUCAGCCACACUCUCUCGCCUACGAUGUGAUUGUAUGCAGUCCAGAGGGGAGUUGGUACCAACACUCCGUAUCCAUGGCUUUUAUGGCUUCUAUGGCUUCCAUGUCUGGG